AUGUUUAAGAGCAUUCUCCAGGACAGCCUGGUGUUCCCCAGUCUGGACAGUUCCCCAAGCUCCGACCUGGCAGAGGUCACCCUGAGCAGCGACGGGCUCGCGGCCCCAACCCUCCCUGCCCACCAGCGCAUCAGCCCGAUCCUCCGACACAAGUCUUUGCCCAACAGACUAGACCAGCCCGCGACCACAGAGGGAGAGCUCAGCUGGCGAGUGAACAGCGACUGCAUUCAGCAGCAGCAGUUUCAGCAACAGCAGCAGAUGAGAUGGCAGCUACAGCAGCAGCAGCAGUUGCGGCUCACCCCUCCCCAUGGCCGACAGAACUCACAGUUGACUAUGGCGUCUGUGACGACGGUCGCCCCACGCCUCCCUCCUCAGUCCUCACAGCCCAGUCCGUACCAGCAGCACUCCCUGGAAGAGAUUCACCAGCUGCAUCAGCUCCAGCAGCACCAGUACCACCACCAGCAGAUGCUGCAGCAGCACCAGAGGCAACAGCAGCAGCAUCAACAACAGUCCUCCCUGAAUAGCAGCAGCAGCAGCCACGGCAUUCCCCGGACCUCAGCAGCUGCCCCCCCUCAGACUUUGGCGUUCUCACAGCGAGACCUUGACCUCGACCUGGCAAGUCUCGGCUUGUUCCCGUUGGGUCAACAAGAGAAGGCCAAGGAGUCCACCUCCGCCUUGGAUUUGAAAGAAAAGCUGUUGCUGUACGUGCAGACUGAGAUGGCCAGGCAGAACCAGAGUGCCAUGGACCGGCUACACUCCUCCCCCUCCUCCUCCUCUUCCUACCCCUCCACUCCUGUGAAAGCCCCUCCUGCACAGCUGUACCACUCCCAACCCACUCCCCACCCCGCCCAGCCGUACGCUCAUCGACAUCAGCCGUCCCCCCAGCACAGACCCCAGCCACAGUCGCCCGGCCAGAGCCACGGUGCUCAGCACAAAGCCGUCGGCGCCUCGUCUCUGACGCGACAUCGCGGGGCUGGAGACAAGAAACCGCUUUGUUUCAAUGAGGACACGGAUGAUGAUUGGGAGGAAGGGGAGGAGUCUCUUGUAUGA